AUGCCGGCACCGGAUCUGAGACAGCUAGUGAAGCAGGAGCGCCAUGCUAGAAUUUCGCUCGAUAAUAUAGAGGAAUUUCUGUUGUCGUACCAAGAAGAUCGUGAUAGAGGUGCCGUUGAUCUCAGAGUGAAAAAGUUGGACGAAAUUUAUGAGAAAUACUGUGAAGUGAGAGUUAGUAUAGAGGUGUUAACCGAUGACUUGGAUGUUGGUGAAGGACCAUCUGGCGACGGCGAAGAGGAUGCUUCGAGACUAUCUGCCAUGGCCGAAGCUCGCCAAAGAGAGAAUGAGGAGAUUUUCAAAGAAUUUGAAAACAAGUAUUUUCGUCUGAAGCAGGCGCUUCUUUCGAAGGUUAGUAUACCUACCGAAGUAGGUGUUGAGCGGAAACCGGAAGUGUCCCAGUCGUCACGGACACGAUUUCCGGAAUUGAAGCUUCCAACGUUCUCUGGAAGAUUGUCGGAAUGGAUUAACUUUCGUGACAAUUUCACUUCUUUGAUUCACGACAACGCCCAACUCAGUACGAUAGAUAAGUUCAACUAUCUGCGUGCUUCCCUGAAGGAUGAGGCUCUUCUUCAGGUAAACCAGAUCCAGGUCACUAGUUCCAACUACACUAUCGCUUGGGGAGUUCUGGAGUCGAAGUUCGAGAAUCACAAACUAAUCGCACAGGAACAUUUGAAAGCACUGUUCGCUGUUGCUCCGAUGAAAGCUGAGAGUUUUCAAGCACUUAAUCAUAUCUUGAUGACGUUCAAGAUAAAUCUUCAACAGUUGGAGAAACUGGGUGAAGACACCGAGCAAUGGAGUACACUGUUAGCUUUCAUGCUAUCCCAGAAGCUGGACGAUGAUACUCUUCGCCAAUGGGAAACGCAUCAUAGCUGCAAGAAUAUUCCAUCGUACAAGGCGAUGGUGGAGUUCCUAGAGAACCAUUGUGCUAUUCUACAAUCAACAUCGUCACGUAAGAGUAGUGAGUUCAAGAAAUCGUACAAAACCCCAGUUGUUCAUGCUGCUGUAUCGACUGGAAGUUGCAUAGUGUGCAAUGGUGGAUCACAGCCCGUGGAACAGUGUCAAGGGCAGAAUGUGAAUCAGUCAUCCUCCCAGAAGAACAACAGAGGACCUCAAGCCGCGAACAGUCAGUUUCAGCAAUCGAAUCAGGCCCAAACCCGGAACAACUCUCAACACCUACAGACUACACCAAUCCCAAGCACAUCUUCGCAAUAUGCACGUCCGCCACCUCCCACCAAUCCUUCCACUGUACACCACACUGCUACACCAUCCAAAACACACCACCACUCAAAAACUGCACUACUGUCAACUGCUAUUGUGAAGCUCGGUGAUCGUCACGGAAAUACCGUUCUUGCACGCGCUUUGUUGGACAGCGGGUCCCAAAUAUCUCUAAUAACAGAGAACCUGUCUCAACGUUUAAAUUUCCGUCGACUUCGUGAGAAUUUGCCUGUUAAAGGAGUGGGUGGUUCUCUAUCUGUUGCUAAACAAUCAGUUCUAGCAACAAUACUGUCCUGCAACUCUGAGUACAAGUCUUGCGAGGUACAGUUCUAUGUACUGUCGAAGAUUACGUCAAGCCUGCCGCAACAGCACAUCGAUACUUCGUCGUGGAAUCUGCCUACAGGAGUUUGCCUUGCGGAUCCGAAUUUCAAUGAGCCUGGAGCUAUCGAUGUCAUCUUGGGUGUCACAGUUUUUUACGAUCUGCUGCUGAGUGCACAACUGAAGCUCUCCAACUCUGGACCGAUUCUACGUGAUACCGAACUUGGGUGGAUUGUGGCAGGGGAGCUACCUGAAACCGCUUGCGUCAGCUACAGUACAGUAGCAUCGUCUUCAGUAACCACGGAGCAAGUUUUUGAAGAACUCUCGAAGUUUUGGGAGUUGGAAUCCUGUCACACGAAGAGCUGCUUAUCCAUCGAGGAAUCUGCUUGUGAAGCCAUUUUCGAGGAAACAACUGCAAGGAGCCCUGAUGGGAAGUUUCGAGUUCAGUUACCGAAGAAAAAACACGUUUUGGAGAAGUUAGGGAGUUCGAGGGCGAUAGCGAAGAAACGCUUCUUCUCUAUGGAGAGACGGCUGGAUGCCAACUUGCAGUUGAAAGCUAUGUACACGGCAUUCAUGCAUGAGUACGUUCAGAUGGGACACAUGAAAGAAGUACAGGCGGACGACGAGGACUCGACUCCGGAAUACUUCAUUCCCCAUCACUGUGUGCUGAAACCAGACAGCACCACAACCAAACUUAGGGUGGUUUUUGAUGCAUCUUGUCCAACGGAUACGGGUGUGUCCUUGAACGAUGUAUUGAUGGUUGGGCCGGUCGUUCAAGAUGAUCGGCGAAGCAUUUUACUGCGGUUCCGGAUGUAUAGAUACGCGGUCGUAGGAGACGUAGGAAAAAUGUACCAAAUGGUACGGCAGCAAGCUUCGAAUCAGUUGCACAAGCUUUUCUGGAGGCAUUUAAGUCAGGAACCUCUGAGGACAUAUAAGCUCGCCACAAUUACCUACGGCACAUCAUCUGCAGCUUAUCUUGCUACUAGGUGCCUGAACAAGUGCGCGGACGAGGAGGCGGAGCACUAUCCUACAGCUGCACCUGUCGCCAAAAAGUGUUUUUACGUAGAUGCUAUACUGGCAGGAUCACACACAAUAGAAGAAGGGAAGCAGCUAUGCAAAGACGUGCUAGAGCUUCUGAAAGAGUAUGGGUUCAACCUCAGAAAGUGGAAUACAAACAAUCCAGCGAUUCUGGCUGAAAUUCCUCCCGAUCUAAGAGACGAGCGCGAAGUUCUUGAUCUGGAUGAAAAGGCUACCGUGAAGACACUGGGUCUCACAUGGGAACCGGCAGCAGAUAAGUUUUGGAUCAAGGUUCCCUACUGGAAGCCUGAAGGGCAUGUUACCCAUCGGAUUGUGUUGUCCGAAAUAGCACGCCUGUUCGACCCUUACGGACUAGUGGGUCCUGUAAUAGUUCAGGGAAAGAUAUUCCUACAAGAUCUUUGGAAGGCUAAAUACACAUGGGAUGAACUGCUGUGCGCCGAUCUACAUUCACGUUGGUUAGAGUUCAGAAGCAAUCUAGCCGACUUAGACGCGGUGUCAGUUCCACGAUGGAUUGGCUUUGGUAAAGACGUGAUCACUUGUGAAUUCCAUGGGUUCAGCGAUGCUAGCGACAAGGCCUACGGAGCUGUCGUCUACUUACGCUGUGUGAACUUGGACGGAAGAAUAACGGUCAAUUUGAUGAUGGCCAAGUCAAAGGUUGCACCAUUGGAAGAUCUCAGCCGUAGGAAGAAGAAACAAUCCAUACCUCGCCUGGAAUUGUCGGCUGCGUUACUGUUGGCUCAUCUGUACGAGAACGUCAAAGGCAGUCUGGAGAUUUCAGCGCCUGCUUUCUUUUGGACGGAUUCAACGAUCGUCAAGUAUUGGAUCUCGUCACACCCAUCGAGGUGGCAAGUCUUCGUGAGCAAUCGUGUGUCGGAGAUUCAGCAUGCCACGAAAGGUGGCGUCUGGAAUCACGUUCCGGGGAUUGAAAAUCCGGCCGAUAUCAUAUCGCGAGGAGCCACACCAGCGCAGCUACAGUUCGACUCGGUAACUCUGGAGGAGAGGCCACUUGUGUCCGCAGCUCUUCAAGCUCUUCCUCCAAGUGAUGUAUUUACACUUCGUUCUUCUUUGUUGAACCUUGUUCGACUGACCGCCUGGAUACGUCGAUUUUCUACAAAUUGUCAACAAGGAAACAGCCAACAACGGAGGACUGGAUCACUGAGUGCUGAGGAACACAACUUGGCGCUGCUAGCGUUGGUGAAGCUAGCCCAAUCGGAAUGCUUUCCACUAGAAUUGGCGGAUAUUGUAGCUAAAAAUGAAGUAAGACCAACUUCAAGACUACAUAAUCUUCACCCUGUUAUGAUAGAUGGAAUAAUCUGUGUUGGUGGCCGGCUCGGAAAUGCUCCGAUCUCACCAGGUCGCAGACAUCCAAUGAUCUUGGAUAGCCAUCAUCCGUUAACUAAACUAAUUCUGAUUGAUUAUCAUCAUCGACUACUUCAUGGAGGACCUCUAUUGAUGAUAGCGUGCGUUCGUGAAAGAUUUUGGCCGCUGAGCGUCCGGAAUCUCGCCAGGAGGGUCCUACACGAGUGCAUUAGGUGCUUCAGAGCAAGGCCACGCGUGCAUGAGCAGUUGAUGGGAGACCUUCCGCUCGAACGAGUGUCACCAGCGCCUGCAUUCCAGCGAGUUGGCAUAGAUUAUUGCGGUCCGUUCGAGCUUCAACCGGCAACUCGGAAAGGGGCACCGGUCAAGUGCUACCUUUGUCUAUUCGUAUGUUUAGCCUGCAAGGCCGUGCAUAUAGAGGUCGUUAUGGAUCUCACCAGCGAUGCUUUCAUAGCCGCACUCAGAAGGUUCACCGCAAGACGUGGGAGGCCAGUCCUUAUACUUUGCGACAACGCUACCAACUUUGUUGGAGCACGAAGACAAUUGUACGAGAUACACAACAUUUUUCGGCAAGAUCAGUUCCAGGAUCGAGUUUCAACGGAAGCGGCUCAAGACUCAAUUGAGUUUAAGUUCAUUCCCGCCAGAUCUCCCAAUUUCGGCGGCUUGUGGGAAGCCGCAGUGAAGUCAGUGAAAGGACAUAUGCGGAGAGUAAUCGGAAACAGAAUGCUGAAGUGUGAUGAAAUGCAAACGGUUGUCGCACAGAUUGAAGCUUGCCUUAAUUCGAGGCCGUUAACUCCAAUGAGCAACGAUCCCACGGAUUUGGAGGUUUUAACGCCGGGGCACUUCCUCAUCCAGCGACCGCUCACUGCAGUGCCUGAACCAAAUCUCAGCGAGCUGCCAGAGAAUAGGCUCAGCAGAUGGCAGCGGGUUCAGCAAUACAGUCAGGUGAUCUGGAGACGUUGGUCGACGGAUUAUUUAUCAAGUCUACAGAGUCGUAAUAGAUGGACGAGAAGCAGGGACAACCUCACUGUUGGUACAAUGGUACUGUUAAAAGAAGACAACGUUCCACCGCUGAAAUGGAGGUUGGGACGAGUCACGGAGGUUCAUCCAGGUGCUGACGGGAACGUGAGAGUCGUCACGGUCCGUACGAAAGAUGGAUCAUAUCGCAGAGCAGUGUCGAAGAUUUGUAUUCUUCCUAUUCGAGAUGGCCAACCGGCCGCAGAAGGACAGUAG